AUGGGUCAGAGCAACCACACCAACGUGAGGGAAUUUGUCUUCCUGGAGCUCACUCGCUUCCCAGAGCUGGAGUUUUUCUUGUUUGUGCCCUUCCUUGCUGUGUACGUGGCAACCGUGCUGGGCAAUGCCCUCAUCGUGGUGACCGUCACCUGGGACUCCCACCUCCACAUUCCCAUGUACUUUCUCCUACGGAACAAAUCGGUCCUAGACAUUGUUUUUUCAUCGGUCACCGUUCCCAAGUUGCUGAUGGAUCUCUUAUCAGAGAGGAAAGCCAUCUCUUACGAUGGCUGCAUGGCACAAAUCUUCCUGUUCCACUUUGUUGGUGGGGCAGAUAUUUUUUUCCUCUCCGUGAUGGCCUAUGACAGAUACCUUGCAAUCGCCAAACCCUUGCAUUACGUGACCCUUAUGAAGAGGGAGGUGUGGGUGGCCUUGGUGGUCGCUUCCUGGCUGGGUGGUGGCCUGCAUUCAAUUGUCCAGAUCAUUCUGCUGCUUCCACUCCCCUUCUGCGGCCCCAACACCCUGGACGCCUUCUACUGCGACGUGCCCCAGGUGGUUAAGCUGGCCUGCGCGGACACCUUCGCUCUGCAGCUUCUCAUGAUCUCCAACAAUGGGCUGGUGACCCUGCUGUGGUUCCUCCUGCUCCUGGGGUCCUACACUGUCAUCCUGGUGAGGCUCAGGGCCCGCUCUGGGGAGGGCCGGAGGAAGGCCCUCUCCACCUGCACCGCCCACGUCCUGGUGCUGACCCUUCACUUUGUGCCGUCGGUUUACAUUUACUGCCGGCCCUUUGUCACGCUGCCCAUGGACACGGCUGUGUCCGUCAACAACACGGUCAUCACGCCCAUGCUGAACCCCAUGAUCUACACCCUGAGGAACCAGGAGAUGAAGUCCGCCAUGAAGAGGCUGAAGGGGAGACUUGGGCCUUCUGAGAGUAGUAAGCUGGGGUGA